AUGUUUAGUUUGAUAUCCGCCCAUUUAUGUUUGUUGCCGGUAUAUAUUACUCAGAAAAUUAUAUCCACAUUUUCUUUUCUUUCAGUUGUUGACAAGUGUGCUACCAAUCCUUGCAAGAACAGUGGGACUUGUACUAGCGUCUACUCAGACUUCAAUUGUACUUGUUCGAGUGGCUUUCAAGGGAAAGACUGCUCUCUUGAUGUAGAUGAAUGUAAAUCUUCACCAUGCAACAAAAACCAGAACUGCAUCAACUCGUUCGGAUCAUUCACCUGUGUCUGUAAAGACGGCUUCAAAGGAGACAACUGCGAAACAGAUAUCGACGAGUGUCUAAACUUGCCUUGCAAACACGGAGGCACAUGCAACAACAAAGGCGGGUCCUACUCCUGUGAAUGCUCAACUGGUUAUGUCGGCAAAAAUUGUAAACAAAAUUUCACCGAUCCUACACUGGACGUUUUGUUUCUGUUGGAUGGCGCAAGUGAGGUCGGAGCUGACACUUUCUUAAAAUUCAUUAACUUCACCAAAAAGUUUAUCGAGCCAUUCACGAUUUCGGAAAACAAAACAAACGUUGCAGCGGGUGUGUUUGCCGAUGUUGGCAAGAUAGAGUUCCUGUUCACAGAGAAUUACGAUAAACCAUCGGUGUUGGCUGCUCUAGAUGGCAUUGCUUAUCCCAACAAGAAUGCUAGAAAUCUGUCUGACGCAAUGAUAAAGGCUAAGGAUGAGGCAUUCACGAAAGAUCGUGAUUCUGCACCGGAUAUUGUGGUCAUUCUGACGGACAAAAUAACAGAAAACGUGACGUUCCCCGCCAAAGCGCUGAAGGAUGAUGGAGUCAGAGUGUUUGUUAUAGCUAUAGGCGAAGACAAGAACGAUCCAUUACUGAGAGACAUACCAUCUGACCCGAAGGAAGAUCACCUGUUUACUCCUUUAAUUGAAGACCUUGAGCCGAUGCUGCCAGAGAUCCUUGGUGAAGUUCUUGCAGAUAUUGAACCUUGUACGAAAAAUCCUUGUCAAAAUGGAGGAACGUGCAUCCCCUCCGGACCUAGUGUCUACACUUGUACUUGUACCCCUGGUGUAACCGGCGCUAAUUGUGAAACCGAUGUCGACGAAUGCAGUAAUUCCAGUCUGUGUGGAGCCGAUAGAAUGUGUGUCAACACUUAUGGGAGCUUCCUUUGUCUUUGUACAGAAGAUAAAUACGGGCCACACUGCAAUUACACCUGCGAGUCUGGCAUUGAUUUGGUAUUUGCUGUUGACGGAUCUACUUUUGUUGGAUCGAGCAAUUUCCGCAAAUCGUUGGAAUACGCAAGAGCUGUGACUAGUUCCCUGAAUAUUUCUGAAUCUGCAACUCACGUUGGUGUCACAGUCUAUGGGAAGGUUGGACAAGCGGCGGUCUCCCUCAAGCAGUAUUAUGACAAAAGUAGUCUAACAAAAGCCAUCUCCAACGUAUCCUAUCCUAACGGGUUUGCAAGACAUCUUGGAGAGGGCUUGAAUCGUUCGAAAACGCACCAGUUUGACGUGUCAGGCCGUUCUACUAAGCAAGUCCUGAUAGUGUUGAUUGGUGGGAAGUCAGAUGACGAUCCGACAGUUGCUGCCUACGAGCUCUUGAAUUCUGGCACUGAAGUGUUUGUUCUAGGAUUGGGAAGCACCAACUCCUUAUCACAAUUAAAUCAAGUUGCAUCUGACCCGGACAGUAAGCACGUUAUUCUUAAGGAAUACGAGGGUCUUGCCGCCUAUGUAAGACAAACAAAGAUGGAAGUUUGCCAGGUUGCGAAUCAGUGUUCCAGUAAUCCAUGUCAGAACAAUGCGGAGUGCAAACACGCUGGAUCAACAUUCACCUGCUCUUGCACGGCUGGAUUUACAGGAGAUCUAUGUGACAAGGAAGUAGAUCCAUGCAACCCAACUCCAUGUCAGAACGGAGGGACUUGUAGUUUGACUUCUAACGGAACGGACUACUCGUGUACCUGUGCACCGAGUUUUACUGGAAAGAACUGUACAACUGACAUCGAUGAAUGUUCCGACCCGAAAUUAUGCAAAAACGGUGGUUUGUGCCAGAAUAAAGAAGGGGGAUACACGUGCAAUUGCACCUCCUCCUUCUCAGGAAAGAAUUGCGAAUUUGCUUGUAGCUACCAGAAAGUGAACCUCGCAUUUGUCGUCGAUGGAUCAGCUAGUGUUGAAUUACAGGGAGCUGGUAACUUCGGCAAGCUGAAAGAGUUUGUCAAGAGACUCGUUGGCUCAUUCAAGAUAAGCACCGACGAUGCACACAUUGCGCUAGUGAUGUACUCAACAACCGCCAAGGCAGAGUUUACUUUAAACAAGUUCUCCAGCGUUUCAGAUGUGCUUGCGGCGAUAGAUGCGUUGACAUACCCAUCAGGGUCUUCUUAUACUGGCAAAGCGCUUGAGAUGACCAAGACUGAGAUCUUUGACAAAGCCCCAAGGAAAGAUGCACUGAAUACUGUGAUUGUGAUAACUGAUGGUGAAUCGCAAGACUCAGUGUCAAGUACAGCUAAAGUUUUACGCGAUUCUGGUGUAACGGUUAUAAGUGUCGGUGUGGGCUGCUGUUCGCCUAAGAAAACACUUGAAGAAAUGGCGUCUAGUCCAGAAUAUGUGUUUACAAGUGCGUUUGAUGAUCUAGCUUUGAUUGAAGAGAACAUCAGGGAGAAGAUAUGUUUGGUUGUUGACAAGUGUGCUACCAAUCCUUGCAAGAACAGUGGGACUUGUACUAGCGUCUACUCAGACUUCAAUUGUACUUGUUCGAGUGGCUUUCAAGGGAAAGACUGCUCUCUUGAUGUAGAUGAAUGUAAAUCUUCACCAUGCAACAAAAACCAGAACUGCAUCAACUCGUUCGGAUCAUUCACCUGUGUCUGUAAAGACGGCUUCAAAGGAGACAACUGCGAAACAGAUAUCGACGAGUGUCUAAACUUGCCUUGCAAACACGGAGGCACAUGCAACAACAAAGGCGGGUCCUACUCCUGUGAAUGCUCAACUGGUUAUGUCGGCAAAAAUUGUAAACAAAAUUUCACCGAUCCUACACUGGACGUUUUGUUUCUGUUGGAUGGCGCAAGUGAGGUCGGAGCUGACACUUUCUUAAAAUUCAUUAACUUCACCAAAAAGUUUAUCGAGCCAUUCACGAUUUCGGAAAACAAAACAAACGUUGCAGCGGGUGUGUUUGCCGAUGUUGGCAAGAUAGAGUUCCUGUUCACAGAGAAUUACGAUAAACCAUCGGUGUUGGCUGCUCUAGAUGGCAUUGCUUAUCCCAACAAGAAUGCUAGAAAUCUGUCUGACGCAAUGAUAAAGGCUAAGGAUGAGGCAUUCACGAAAGAUCGUGAUUCUGCACCGGAUAUUGUGGUCAUUCUGACGGACAAAAUAACAGAAAACAUGACGUUCCCCGCCAAAGCGCUGAAGGAUGAUGGAGUCAGAGUGUUUGUUAUAGCUAUAGGCGAAGACAAGAACGAUCCAUUACUGAGAGACAUACCAUCUGACCCGAAGGAAGAUCACCUGUUUACUCCUUUAAUUGAAGACCUUGAGCCGAUGCUGCCAGAGAUCCUUGGUGAAGUUCUUGCAGAUAUUGAACCUUGUACGAAAAAUCCUUGUCAAAAUGGAGGAACGUGCAUCCCCUCCGGACCUAGUGUCUACACUUGUACUUGUACCCCUGGUGUAACCGGCGCUAAUUGUGAAACCGAUGUCGACGAAUGCAGUAAUUCCAGUCUGUGUGGAGCCGAUAGAAUGUGUGUCAACACUUAUGGGAGCUUCCUUUGUCUUUGUACAGAAGAUAAAUACGGGCCACACUGCAAUUACACCUGCGAGUCUGGCAUUGAUUUGGUAUUUGCUGUUGACGGAUCUACUUUUGUUGGAUCGAGCAAUUUCCGCAAAUCGUUGGAAUACGCAAGAGCUGUGACUAGUUCCCUGAAUAUUUCUGAAUCUGCAACUCACGUUGGUGUCACAGUCUAUGGGAAGGUUGGACAAGCGGCGGUCUCCCUCAAGCAGUAUUAUGACAAAAGUAGUCUGACAAAAGCCAUCUCCAACGUAUCCUAUCCUAACGGGUUUGCAAGACAUCUUGGAGAGGGCUUGAAUCGUUCGAAAACGCACCAGUUUGACGUGUCAGGCCGUUCUACUAAGCAAGUCCUGAUAGUGUUGAUUGGUGGGAAGUCAGAUGACGAUCCGACAGUUGCUGCCUACGAGCUCUUGAAUUCUGGCACUGAAGUGUUUGUUCUAGGAUUGGGAAGCACCAACUCCUUGUCACAAUUAAAUCAAGUUGCAUCUGACCCGGACAGUAAGCACGUUAUUCUUAAGGAAUACGAGGGUCUUGCCGCCUAUGUAAGACAAACAAAGAUGGAAGUUUGCCAGGUUGCGGAUCAGUGUUCCAGUAAUCCAUGUCAGAACAAUGCGGAGUGCAAAAAAGCUGGAUCAACAUUCAACUGCUCUUGCACGGCUGGAUUUACAGGAGAUCUAUGUGACAAGGGUGAGUGUCAAUAAAUGGAUAAAGUUUUA